AUGGAGGACGCGGUGCUGCUGCUGCUGAUGCUGUUCGUGCUGGUGAUGGCUUCAUACAUGCUGGGGCGCUACUCAUGUAUGGUUUUAUCUCAGAGUAGUUUCGCGCUCAUGUUUGGGCUCUUCGUGGGUCUCUUCAUGAUCAUGGGAGGCAAGCAUGCGGCGCUUCACACACACCUGAACCUGGACAACAGUCUUUUCUUCAAUGUGCUGCUGCCACCGAUCAUCUACGAAGGAGGUUUCUCGCUCAAAUGUGCGGUCUUCUUCCGGAAUUUCCCGGCUAUCAUGAGCACAGCCGUGCUGGGCACAGUCAUCGCCACGACAAUUACGGGCGGCGUACUGUACCUCGCAGGCACUGCUGGUAUCGUGACCAAACUGUCGUGGGUGGAGGCCUUCUUAUUUGGUACACUGAUCAGUGCUGUGGACACGGUGGCAACGCUGAGCUGUUUUGAUAAACUCAACGUGCCACCGCUACUGUUUAACCUCGUAUUCGGAGAGAGUGUAAUGAACGAUGCCGUCGCGAUUGCGUUGUACCAGACACUGCACAAGUGGGAACCGGAUAGUAACUUCAGUGCCAAGCAACUGCUUCGUGUGGCGCUAAACACUGGCGGGAUGUUUGUGGGGUCUUUGAUCGUGAGCACGCUUAUUACGCUAGCCGGAGCUUUUCUCCUUAAACGCAAGUUCUUCGCGACCCUGCGCUACUACCCAAGUUAUGAGAUCUCGCUGUGUUUGAUUUUCAGCUUGCUAACGUACUUCGUGGCGGACAGUUUAAAGCUCAGUGGUAUUGUAGCACUGUUCUUCUCGGGUACCAUGACGGCGCACUACCACUUCAACACGUUGUCGAGGGAGGCGCAGCAUGCCUUUACGCACCUGCUGCAUACGUUGGCAUUUGUUUGCGAAAAUAUUGUGUACGUGUUCAUGGGUACAUCAGUAGUUAUGAUUUUCGCGGGUCACGGUGAGGAGAAUGCCGGUGCUUCACUUCGCGUGGACGAUAUCGAUUGGUCUUUCAUUGGGCUGACGCUUGUGGCCUGCAUAACCGCUCGGUUCUGCAAUAUUUUUCCGCUUCUAAGUCUCUGCAACUGGCUGCGGUCUCCGCCGAACCGAAUCCCGGUUAAGUUCAUGAGUGUCAUUUGGAUGGCAGGUCUUCGUGGUUCUAUGGCCUUCGCUCUGGCCAAGAAUUGGAAUUAUGUUGGUCUUCAUGGAGCGUCACACCGCCGACUAAUUGAGUCCACAACUCUUGUGGUGAUCCUGAUCACUACAAUCGUAAUCGGCGGUAUAAUGGGACCGUUGCUUAUGAACCUGCAUCUCACCGGCAAAUACAAAGAUCACAGUCACCUCGACCAGUCUGACACUGUUAGGAGCUCUGCAACUGCGUCAGAGUCUGAGGACACAGUGUCACAGCUAGUUCAGCGCAGCACUCGCCACGCUGAUGGUGGUGCCUUAGCGUUCCCGGAGGAAGAACAACCCAAAGAGAAUCGUGAUGGUACCGGAGACGAGAUCCCGAUCCUGACUCCGCGUCCACAGUUUCAUGAUGUUGAAAGUGACGACGAGGAUGAUCCGAACCUUGAUUCGCCCGUUGCUGAGAGAUCUCGUGGCGAUUCAUUGACCGGUGCGUUCUUCCGCAACUGGCAAGCUUUUGACACCACCUACAUGCAACCAGUUUUUGGCGGGUCUUCACAGCGGCCAGCGGCGUCAGCCUCCGUUGAUGAACUAACCGAAAUGCGGCUCGAAAAAGCUCAAGCAGAAGCGGCCGUAUGA